AGCUGCAAACGAGGACUGUUGCUUCCUUCAGUUAUGUAUUAAAUACACAAAACUAGAUAAAAUAAAUAGAUUGUAGCGCUAGGUCUGAGUUUUGCCCCUUCCGGGUCACAAGGAAACGAGGGAUCACGAAAAUAAUUAUGUAUUUUUCGCAGCCCCAUCCGGUACUCGGGAGUAAUUUUCGUUCGUACUUCUUCAGAUAGCUUUACGUCUUAAACACACUCUUUUUUUAAAAGACACGUUUCAUCAACAUGCAGAGUCUCGUACAUGCAGACACUCAUGGCGACGGAAACAAUACGCUAUGCAGACAUGAAAAUCAGAGCAACCUGUCCUUUUAUGGAUAAAUGCAAAUUGUUCUCUAUGUCACACCAAAGAGUGGAUUCUACCAAACUGACAAACACCAACAGCCAAGCAGAUUCCAUGCCCAACUCGAUUACAUUUGUAAGCCCCGCCUAUUCAGGUGAAGACAUCAAGGCAGAAUCUAUGGUGGUCAGCUCAGAUUACACAUGGGUGGGGCCAGGGUCAAGUCUGAAACAAAGUGAAGAUGUGGAAGAGAAGAAGACUGGAUAUCUGAUGAGCCGAGACCAAACUGACAUACUAAUCAAUAUGAAGGAGGAGGAGGAGGAAAAAGAUUGGGAGAGGCAGAGUGUGAAAAUGGAGAGGGAGGAUGGUGUGGGAGAUGAAGAGGGACCCAGGAGGGAGGAAUAUAAAGAGGAUGAUGGCCAGAAGGAGGGAUAUGUACCCAAUCAAGUCAUCGAAAUUUACAAAUGGGAGGUGAAUGAAGUAAAAUCGGAACAACAGGAAGGAGAGGAGCAGCCUACUCUGGUCACUUCCUGUCUGCUAAAACAGCCUCGAGUGCUGAUUCACAGCCUAGAAAUGGCAGAUCAUUUGGUCCCUGGGUCAUCACCUCCCAGUCCCGUGGCCUGUAAAAGUGGUCAGGGAGUAACAUUGCAUGAGUCCUCACCACAGACGGAAAGUGAAUCCCUGAGACAGAAGGGUCAGGCCAUCACCCGGAAGAGGAGUGGACACUUAGAAAGACCCCUGGAACUGCUGCCGUCUUCAUCAGAGAACAGGAUCUGUGCUGAAGCAUCGCUUAUUUCUCCUGUCAUCUCCUCCAGGAACAAAAACACAGGACAAACUGUUGAGGGGUCAUCUCAGGUCUUUGCCUGCUCCCAGUGCCCAUACGUUCACACAGAGGAAGUGAAUCUUCACCAGCACAUUGAGAAGGUUCAUCCAGAGGAGCUUGGCAGGACUGUGGGACCUUCCAGCAACACACAUCAGCACCCCACGCCCCCUAAGACACUCCCCACCCAAACACAGGCCCACACCGGCUCUCCAGGGGCCCACACAUGCUCUCAAUGUGACAAGAGUUUCAGCCAGCCUAGUCACCUGAAGCUACACCAGCGAAUUCAUACAGGGGAAUACCCAUACCACUGUUCCCAGUGCGGAAAGAAUUUCAGCUACUUAAUUACUUUAAAGGUACAUGAGCGAAUUCACACAGGUGAGCACCUGUACCGUUGCUCCCAGUGUGGUAAGAGUUUCACUCAGUCAGACAAACUGAAGGUACACCAGCGAAUUCAUACAGGUGAGCGCCCAUACCACUGUUCCCAGUGUGGAAGAAAUUUCAGCCAGUCAAGUCAUCUGAAGCUACACCAGCGAACUCAUACAGGGGAACGCCCGUACCACUGCUCCCAGUGUGGGAAGAGUUUUAGCCAAUCGGGUCAUCUAAAGCUACACCAGCAAACUCAUACAGGUGAGCGCCCAUACCACUGCUCACAGUGUGGGAAGAGUUUUGCUCAGGCAGAUAAAAUGAAGGUACAUCAGCGAACUCAUACAGGUGAGCGUCCGUACCACUGCUCCCAGUGUGGGAAAAAUUUCAUUAACUUACAGAAUCUGUCAGAACACCAGCGAACCCAUACAGGGGAACGCCCAUACCACUGCUCCCAGUGUGGGAAGCGUUUCGCACAGUCGUAUCCUCUAAAGUUACACCAGCGAACCCAUACAGGUGAGCGCCCGUACCACUGCUCCCAGUGUGGGAAGAGUUUUGCUCAGUCAUAUAAUCUGAAGCUCCACCAGCGAUCGCAUACAGUUGCAAGUAUAUGUGAAGUAACACUAUAGGAGAAAAGUUUUUGUUUUAAUUAAUAUUAAUCUACAUUUUCGUUAAUGCAGUCCUUUUUGUGAACUUUAAUCCUUUUGUGUCUGCCACAGUAUAUUCUCUUUUGGCAUGUAAUGAGCAGUAGUGUUUAUUUUUAUUUGGUGGAAAUGAAUUGUGUGUGUGCGCGUAUUAUGAAGUAUUAUCUUGAUAUAGGACACACUGGUAGUUUAUCCUCGUCUGGCUCAAGUAAAUCACAAGCACAAACCUCUCCUUUACUGAAGUGUUAAUGUUGCGCCAACACAAUAAAUAAUUGUCAUUGCGUUGACGUAGUUUUGUAGCUUGUAAAUAAGUGCAGUAGUCCUCCUCAAAAGCUUUGUUGCUGUUGAACAAUCGUGGUAGCCCAUUGAGACCUACUAUAACUGGUAAGAAAUUUCCGUUAAUUUAUGGAUAUCAGUCAUAAUACAAAUUAAUACAAUAAAAAGUAUUCAGACAAAUUAUUUUGGAAAUGUUGGUGCUGUAGAAAGCGUAACCGUACAGUCCUGAAUAAGCUUUCUAUGAGAACGUAAUAUCCUGUAAUAUAUACUACAUAUUCACAGCUAUGCAUGUUUUUAUAAAAUUCAGUGUCUGAA